CAUGGAUCUAGGCCCCUGGCUGGUCGUAUCUCAUGAUCUGGCCUGUCUACAACUGCCUCCUCUUAAGCCUCUGCCUCAUUUCCCUCCAACUCUGCCCAUGGCCUUGCUGAAGCUUCCAAUGGCCGGCGCUUGAUAAAACAGCAUGUUUUCCAUUCCCACUGCUCCAGCGAAGCAGUCGGUCGGUGAGACCAUCACGGUUCUGAGCGGCCGCCUGAGUUCGGCCACACUACUCGAGGAUCGCCGUGCUGCUAUACUUGGCUUGCGCAGCUUUGCCAAAGACUUUCCCGCUUCUGUCGCCUCUGGAGCACUUCGCAGCCUCAUAGGCAGCCUCAGAAAGGAUGCAGAAGAUGUCGACACCGUCAAGGUGGUCCUUGAGACUUUGCUAAUGCUCUUCAGCCCCAACGAAGACAGCCCAGAAGCCUCGGAGGAGAUUGCCCUAUGGCUCGCUGACGAGUUCACCCAGCGCCAAGAGAACAUAACAUUACUGCUCGACUUUCUCGACUCGACCGAUUUUUACUCGAGACUCUACUCUCUACAGCUCCUCACUGCCAUCCUUUCUGCCCGAACUGAGCGAACGGAAGAGUGCGUCUUCACGGCCCCUCUCGGCAUUUCCCGUCUAGUAGCCGUUCUUGACGACAAUCGCGAAGCUGUGAGGAACGAAGCCAUCACCCUUCUCACAUUCCUCACUCCCUCGUCGACCGACAUCCAGAAACUCGUCGCGUUCGAAAAUGCCUUCGACCGACUCUUCAAUAUCAUAUCAUUGGAAGGCUCCCUGCCAGAAGGCGACCGUGUUGUGGAGGACUGUCUGAUUCUAAUCGCAAACCUGCUCAGGAGGAAUCCUUCCAACCAGUCCCUGUUCCGCGAGUCGGGGGGUAUCCGUCGUUUGGCCGUCUUGCUGGAAGGUGCAGAAAAGGCCCAGCGGGAGGAUGCGGAGAUUGCUGCUUGGGCGCAGACCCAACGCAAUCGGAAUAUCUAUGCACUGCUGGCAGUCGUUCGUCUGUUUCUAGUAGCUGGGGCCGUGGGGACGCCGCAGAACCAGCUUGCCUUUUGGCAACACGGCUUGUUGUACCAUGCCCUCCAACUGGCCUUCAGCCACGUAGCCCAGCUUCCAAUCAAGGCAGAGGCUCUAGUAACCUGUGCCGACAUCAUCAGGGGCAGCUCCAGCCUUCAGGAGGGAUUCGCCCAGCUUCAAAUUCCGUCGCCCCUCGAAGCCCCCACAUCAGCCGAAGCUGGUCAAGCAAACGGCAUAGUCAAAGUUUACGUGAUCGACGGUCUCCUGGAUCUUACUCUCGGCGUGCAGGAUUUGGAGGCAUUCGAUCUGCGUUUGGCAGCAUGCGAAUGUCUAAAGGCGUACUUCUACAACCACGACAACAUUCGCCUGCACUUCCUCCGGAGGGCCAUCGAGGGACACGAUACCGGAGCCGACGAGACAGCCAAUGUGCUGACGGUGCUGCUGCGGCCCUCCUCCGAUGCCGCGGUGGCCAACCCCUAUCGCAGUUGGUUCGCUGCCACUGUCAUGUUGCAUCUCGUCUUCGACAACUCGGAGGCCAAGAGCAUGGCCAUGGCUGUUACCGAAGGUGACGAAAAGAACGGAGAGGAAGUCGUCACGAGUAUCCAGACUGUUGCUGCGCAUCUCAUCUCCGGACUGAACCGGGAGCAAGACAGCCGGGUUGUGGUAGGGUAUCUGAUGCUGCUCCUUGGCUGGCUUUUCGAAGACUUGGACGCCGUCAACGACUUUCUGGGAGAGGGGUCCAACACCCAGAGCCUUAUCCAGGCAGUGAACCACCCAUACCCAUCUGGCGAUGUUGUUCAGGGGCUCUGUGCCAUGUUACUUGGCGUGCUGUAUGAGUUCUCGACCAAGGACUCGCCGAUUCCCCGGGCCGAUCUUCAUAACAUCCUCCUCUCCCGUAUGGGACGCGAGCGGUAUAUCGACAAGAUGUCCAAGUUGAGAAGCGACCCGCUUAUAAGGGACUUUGAAGUCACUCCUCAAAAACUCGGCAACUUGGGCUCGGGCAAGCUGCCCGACGUGUACUUUGAUGCUACGUUUGUCGACUUCUUUAAGGACAAUUAUAGCCGCAUUCUCCGUAGUAUUGACCGGGAUCCUGGGUUGGAGAUUUCCGUAGUCUCGAACGGCAUUCAGAAGGGUGUUUCGCGGGAACUCGUCGAUUCUCUUCGAGUUCAGUUAACGGAGAAGGACCAAGCUUUGCAGGAAGCGCAAGUACGUGUCGAGACGAUUGGCCGUCAACUUGGCCAAGAACAAGCCGAUCAUCGGCGGACUCGGGAGACGACUGCCAUGGAGCUGGCUAGAAUUAAGCAAGUAAACGAGGGUAUGCAAAGACAGCACGAUGCAGAGCUGCGAAACCUGCAGAGCCGGGUUACGUCUCUCCAGGAAGAACAUCAAAAGCAAGACGAACAAACCCGAAGAAAGACAGAGUCCCGCGUCGCAACACUCGAGCAACAGCACAAGAAACAGUUGGAUGAAGCUCAACGAAAGGCAGACGCUCAUGUCGCAGCUCUUGAACAACAGCACAAAAGGCGGCUGGAGGAGGUCCAGAGGGAUGCCGCCUCUCGAGUCACGGCUCUGGAGCAAGAGCUCAGGAAACAGAUCGACCAAGCUCAGGAGAUUGCCAAGAUACAAGCAGCCUCACAAUUGGAGGAGCAUCGCAAGCAGUUGGAGCAAGCGCGCAAGACAGCUGAGUCAGACGCUGAUCGUGUCCGCCACCGGGCCGAGGCCGACAUGGCAGACCUCAAGGCUACUAUCAGCCGACUUGAGGUUGAUCUCAUGAAGGCCAAGAAGACGAAGCUGCAGGAGAUACAAGCUAUGCGGGAAGAGUUAGAGGAGAAGGCACGAGAACAGGAGACCCUUGUAGUCAAACUCGAGGCCAACGCCAAGCAGCUUGAAAAGGACCUGCGUGAGACUCGGGAAAAGGCCAUGCAGGACGACAUGGCGGUUAAGAAAGCCGAGGAAGACCGAAAGACAACGCAAAAUGAGCUUGACGAUUUACUCAUGGUAUUUGGCGACCUCGAGGAAAAGGUGGCCAAAUACAAGGCAAAGCUCAGGGAACUCGGAGAGACCGUCUCCGACGGCGACGAUGAGGACGAAGAUAGCGACGAGGAAGAAAGUGACGAAGAUGAUGAAGAAGACGAGGCUAAGAGCGACGAUGGGAAAUAGGUCCAAGGCAUGAAGGACAUUCUGUGCAGGGACUCCUCUAUAGGUAUAAGCAUUCGAGUCACCACUGUACUCAAGGUCACUUGGCAAGCUUUGUUCGCUGGGCGCAUAUUAGGACAUUGCGUGUCAUACAGACUCGUCCAUUUCCGAGGUGGGAGGCCGACCAGCAGCUUUGCAUCGGGAGAUUGUCAUUUGCGACUGGCACUCCUUGCACACAUAAACCUGAAAUUUGGCUCUGUCACUUCAUCGCACAAU